CUCGUUAUUCAUUACGCUGGCGAGAGCGUGGUGUCAUCCGUGUCCUAAAUUUUCGUAUUAUUUCAACAGAAAACGUAUUAGAAAAAAGUGUCAAUCACGGAAGGGAACGGAAUCGCACGUCGUUUAAGUCAGAAUAAAAAAUAUAAAUAAACAAACAUGAAUCCUGACGAUUAUGAAGCUCUUCCAACUAAUAAUGUAGUUACGCAUAUGACUGCAGGUGCCAUUGCCGGAGUUAUGGAGCAUUGCGUAAUGUACCCCCUGGAUUCAGUGAAAACUCGAAUGCAGUCCUUAUCUCGAACAAAUCAACAUGGUAUUAUUGACACAUUCUACAGAAUGGUAAAAAAAGAAGGGCUCUUCAGACCAAUUAGGGGCAUGUCUGCUAUGGUUGUUGGAGCUGGACCUUCUCAUGCCCUUUAUUUUAGCACAUAUGAAUACAUCAAAAACACACUUAGACAAAGAACGAAUAGCGCUCGGUAUCAUCAUGUCAUUCAUGGCGCAGCCGGUUGCAUAGCAACGUUGCUACACGACGGUUUCAUGAAUCCUGCAGAAGUUAUAAAGCAGCGAUUACAAAUGGCAAACUCCCCCUACAAGACGGCCCUAGAGUGCCUGGUGAAGGUAUACCGAACAGAGGGCAUAACAGCAUUUUACCGAUCGUACACCACACAGCUCACCAUGAACGUUCCCUUCCAAUGUUUUCAUUUCAUUACGUACGAGUGGAUGCAGAAACAGAUGAAUCCCGAUGGUAAAUACAAUCCUACGGCGCACAUGAUAAGUGGUGCGGUGGCGGGCGCCACUGCCGCCGCCAUAACGACGCCACUGGACGUGUGCAAGACGCUGCUGAACACCCAGCAGGACGCCUCGGCCACAGGUUUGGUGCACGCUGUGAAGACGGUGUAUAGGCUAGGUGGCCCAACAGGCUACUUCAGAGGAAUGCAAGCCCGUAUAAUGUAUCAAAUGCCAUCGACCGCCAUCUGUUGGUCCACAUACGAAUUCUUCAAAUACUUAUUGCAAGCGAAAGCGAUAGCGUCUCCUUCCGUUACAGUACUAGCCGAAGACGAUAACAGCAAUCAGCCACCAUCGAGACCUCCUCCGCAGUCAGAACAUUUGACCCCCGAGAAAACGACAAUUUUAAAACCUCGUGAACUACCCUCAAUAGCUGCCGGCACGGGACUGUACGGCGCCCUAAAUUUCAACACAAUGCACACUUCUGACGCCAAUUUUGGCAGCAGGAGUAAGGGCACAGUGCUGGAUUGUUCCCAUACCUAGUGGUCGGAAUUCCUUUUAAUUUGUAAAUUAUAAUGUUAAGACAUGUGAGUAUCCAUGCCAUUGAUCGAUUAUAUUUUUGUUUUGUUGAUUCUUUUGAAAAAAUUACGUUAGAUGUCUAUUUUAGAGAAAGAUGCUGGUUCAUCUUGUUGAUAGACGAAUACGACAAAGACGAGAAAAAAAAUUCGACAAUAUUAAAUGAAAAAAUUUCUACAUUUUUCCCCGUUUCAAGCAGUCUCAAAAGUUCAACUCGACAAAGAGGUUAUAGGCUAGUUUUGAAUGGAAAACUAACGUCGUUUUCUGGGGACAGUUUCACAGACGAAUGGUUAAAAACAAUCCACACCCUAUAUUCGUACAAGUCUUGCAUGUGAUAAUUGCUAUUUUCACCCAGUGUGUGGAACUGUUAAAACCUAACCUACAUUCUGUGGAAUUGGACCAAAGCGGUCAUUUCGAAUAGUAGGAACUGCUUCACAUUCAUUAUGUUGUUCGUUUUCACCAACUAAAUAAAGCUGUGAUAAGUAUUGAAUUUCCGUCAGGAUGUAAAUAUGAAUGGAAAAUUAUUGGUAUUGCGUCGGCUUAGAAAUAACGGAGUUAUUCAUACAAUUUUGUUGACCUGAAGAUAUAGAAUCAACAUAAUCUGGAUUUAAGAAGGAAUAUUUCAAAAGAAGUUCCAUUAUUCUGAAACUCACCGAAAAAUAUUCAUUCACAUAUUGUUAAACUCAAAUAGAAUUUUUCAUCUAUUCUCAAAAAGUUUCGAACACACAAAGCUAUAAAUCGUAAACCUGUUAUACAAUAAUAUAAGUAACUUGACAGGAAUGCAAUUAAAACAAUUAUCAAAUUUAAUCUAUAUGUACGGUCAGUCCUCAUAUGUGUAUAUUCAAGUAUGAUUAUUAUUAAUGUUUUAAAUUACAAAACAUAUUUUUUUUAAUACAAAUUUUCGCUCGGAAUUUAUAUUUUAUUUUCUGUUUGGAUGUCAUUGUAUAACAGGCGUUAAUAGACAACUGAAAAAGGGCAAAAUGUAUGCUUUAGUGGCACUAAUUGUCCUAAUGAAGAUGAGAAUUCCUUCAUUAUGGUUAUGUUCCUCUAGGUGUACCAUCACAAGUAUGAAUUCUUAUAGAAAAAUUGAACAUAUCUUUUACAUCUCAUACAUUGAAAUUAUUAGGAGAAGAGGAAUUGUUUGAAAAUAUAAAACCAAGUAAUGGAUUUCACCCUGAAUAUUAUUUCUCAGGUUCUUCAAAAAAAUUGCCAGAACUAUUCAUGUAUUCAUUUUUAACUGCCACUCUCCUUCGAUUUUUAGUUAGGUAAUGGUACAUUUUCGAAAUCUUAGUUUAGACAUCAUUCACUUUUUUAAUCAAAACACAUAAAAUAUAUUCUGGAUAAGGACAAAGUUAUUUUAGAUAACUUAUCAGUUGAAUUAGGUCAGCGCACUGUAAUUGCAACAGAAUCUAAAAAUGGAAUUCAUUCAUUGGAAAUUAAGAAAAAGAGUAAUGUCCUAAAUCAUUUAUAAAUUAUAUCUUAAGUACCAAAUCUUUCAAUUUGAAUCGUACAUCAUUAAGUUUCUGAAUUUCUAUUUCAAUGAUUCAUCGAAUCCAAGAAGUUUGUUAAUGAUACUUGUGUGAAAUAAUAAUUGUAAUAUUUACGCUUCUACGCGCUCAACCGUUGAACAAGGAUAGAAAGUCAAUUUCGAGUGAAUAUUGAAAGGUUAGAUAUCGAUUUUGUUGUCAAAUUUAAACAAUAGAAUAAAAGAGAAGAUAUUUUUAUAAGGUGAACGAAAAAUGGCUAAAAAUGUUGAUUUUCUGCACACUAAGAAUGUAAAGAAAACCAGAUUUAUAUUAGGAAAGAAACUAAUUCUUCAGGAAAUUUAACUUCUUGAGUUCUCAAGCCAAAUGAUAAGUUAUUCUUCCCUAAUGUGAGUCUGGUUUUAGUAUGUAAAAUUCUCUGUGAACUCUGUAUAUACUUUUCAGGAAAAAAGAAAUUCGAAUCUUUUCGUCAACGUGCAUGGGCGAGUUUGUUAAUGAAUGAAAAACAUUGUAGUCAUAUAUAUCUAUAUAUACAUAAAAUAUUUUCAUUUUUGUUAAUUAUGUCAUUUACGAAUGACAUUUACUAGGCUGUGAUAAAGUCCUUAUCAACUUUACGUAUGAUAUUGACUUCGUUCAGAUGGGAGUACUAUCAUAUAGUAUUUUAAAUUAUUGUUUAGAAACGUGUUCAGAUCGACUAGGAACUCAGUGGAUAUUCGGGUUUUGUUGGUUAAUUUUAAAAUAUUUAACGUGAAUGAGGACUACCUCCUUCAAAAAAACCGCAGUUCAAAGUAAGUUUCAUAUUGAAUUUCAUUCUAUUUCGAUUUAUAGCCUUGAAUUUACUUUAAGAAAACCUUCGAAUUAAACUGAUAUGCCUAGCUAUAAUUUUUUCUUUUUUGAAAAUAUUCUGAACACAAGUUUUCUACAUCUAUUGUGAUAAGAGACAUUGUCACUUUAUUAUGUGUACGUUGUACAUAUUCAGUUUUGUCAUAUUUUUGUUUUAAAAUUGUAUGAAUGAAACCUCAUUAAAAAAUCUACUGAACGUUA